AUGAGACCGACAUUGAUUAGUCGGAUUCCAUCACACGAAGUCCGAGAUAAAGUGGAAGCUUUGAAACGUGAAAUGUCAAAGGGUAAGAAAAACCUUUCUUAUCUCUCUCACUCUCACCUCAAAACUAAGUUUCCCAGAAGAAUCUAUUCAUUCCGCCAAAUGCUCUUUUUUAGAAGCUCCCAUUGAUAUUAUCUUAAUGAUUCUCAGCUACCUCAACAGUCAUGAUUCAGCAAUGCUUGGCCUUACACAUUCCUGCUUGUACGACAUUUUCUGGGAGAGAAACGGAGAACGACCACUACAUUUGGCCCAAAACUUCACGGAGAGAGGUUUGCGGGUCGCCCAGAGAGGAAAAAAGCUUAGAGUCCAAACGGGCAAUACCCGCGCUGACGGACAUUACGGCUCGCUCCUCGCUAAGUGGGCUUAUCCUUUAGAGCCAUAUUUUCAUCAAAAGCCAUUAAUCUAUCCAAAGCAACAACAAACUGAGGAUGAGAUACGCCAAGCACGGAAAAAACGAGAGCCAAAUAUUCGUUUUAUACACCCAGAAAGAUAUGGGGAAAUUGAUAAGAACCCCGAGAAACAGGGACAGUAUGUACCAUUGUCAGAAUUCCCAGACUAUUUCUUCAGUUUGUAA